ACAAAUGUACCAAAGUUCAGAGAGCUGUUUACUUGAACGCGGCUCGGCAGAGCUCAGGAGCUCUGAGCUGUGUCUGCUUGCAGCUUCUCUCCUCUGCCCUGGUUUCUGAAGCCUGACAUUAGAAAGUAACUCAAGAGAAGAUCGACUCCCCGGACGCUGAUUUCCUGUGUCACCUUUUGAUGAGUGUUCCUGGGCUCUGGCGUUGGUUUUUGCCCCUCUGCAACAGCAGAAGAGAUGACUGUCUCCAGGCUGUGGCGGAACAACUGCCUGCCCUUCGUGGGCAUCAUGAUCCUUGUGGCCAUGGCCUUGUCCCUGAUGUUCUACGCUCUCCUCUGGAAGGCUGGCAACCUCGCUGACCUACCUAACCUGAGAAUCGGCUUCUACAACUUCUGUCUGUGGAAGGAGGACACUGGAUCCCUAGAGUGUUACAACUUUCCUGAGCUGGAGGUGCUGGGGGUUCCUCAGGUUGGCCUAGCCCUGGCCAGGCUUGGUGUGUAUGGAGCCCUGGUCUUCACAGUCUUCGUCCCUCUGCCUCUCCUCCUUGCCCAGUACAACAGAGAUAAGGGAGAGUGGCAUCUAGCCGUGGGCUUCCUGGCAGCAUCCUCUGUUCUGUUGGCGGGCGGACUAAGCCUCUUCCUCUCCUUCGUGUGGAAGUGGCUCAGGCUCUCCUUCCUGGGGCCUGGCUUUCUAGCUCUGUGCCUAGCCCAGGCCUUACUCAUCAUCUUGCUUGUGGCCACAGUUAUGUUCCCGCCACGGGAUAAGAAGGACAAGAACCAGUGGGAGAACUGUUAGUCCAGUCUUACAAAAGCUUAUGGGAUUGCAAGGGUUCAGUUCUAACUGUGCUCCAAGAAGGUGCCAGAGAACCUGUGGCUGGGUGGGUCCUUUCACCCAUCUUGUGUCAUAGCUAAUGUUGAUCUCAAGCUCAGCAGAUGGAACCACCUACUGAGCAGAAGGGCUGUGGGGUCAAGGAACCCAGAGGCGGCUUGGAGGGCUGGGGUACCUGCGGUUUCUUAGGGUACUGUGUAGCUCAUUAGCACAGGGAUCCCUGCAUUAAUCAACCAAUAUUCACAAUAGCCCCAGGCAGGUGGGAGUCUGUCAGAGGCCAAAUUUCCAAGCUAUCUUGGCAAAGUGUCAAACUAGAACUCUGUAAUGGUUAUGGCAACAAAUGAGACGGUUAGGGAAAAAAAAAAAAACUGCUUUAACACCACUGUCUUGUCAGCACAAAGAGAAGCCUCGCUGGCUAUUCAGGAUCCCCUGAAUGGAUCCCUGGACCUGACAGCAAAUAGGAAUCAGCUGUUAAACCAUUUUUGUGACCCAGGGAUGUAAACAAAAAAUGUGCCAAAUUCUGGAAGAUGAACAGGAUCGAAUAGUCACCACAAACACACAACACAUUCCAUCACCUUACCCAGAACUGGAGAGGCAGAAGCUUGGUCUUUAUUAUGCACUGGGGCAUCAGUAUAUAUUUUUUCAGUGUCUGUGUAUCAGAAAACCUACAUGGCAAUGAGUUCUUCAUUCUGUGCUCAUCAAAAGCCAAAGUGAACACAAAGAAAGGUGGA